GAAAAUAAUUAAGGCAAAGUUGUACCUAAGUGGGCCUAGCCCGUAAGACUCAGUUUACCGGGCUCCUCCAUCUCGAAGUAACCGCUCUGCAACCAGAUCUCUCUCUCUUCUUUUCUUCAAAAUUUCAGUUCAAAUUUUCGUCUGUUUCUGUAUUUCUGAUUCUCCUUGAAUUCUCCACAGUUGAUUUGAAUCUCUACACUGAGCUCUCAUACUCUUUCACUCGAUCAUUGUAAUUAAAAAUUGGAGAUUAGACAGCAGUAAAUCUCUGCUUUGAUUCUGUAAUCUGUGUUAGUGUGAGAUGGAGGGUUUACCUACGUCGACGAAAGCAGAGAGACGAUGGAGAUCGAAGAAUCUACAGACAUCCAAGCCUUCUUUGGUGAUGGUCUUUUUCUCUUGCGUCGCUUGGCUCUACGUUGCUGGCCGGUUGUGGCAAGAUGCAGAGAACAGAACAUUGCUUGCUAAUCUUCUUAAGAAGAACAUUGAACAGAGACCAAAGGUUCUUACGGUCGAAGAUAAGCUAAUGGUCCUAGGAUGCAAGGAUCUAGAGAGGAGGAUUGUAGAAGCAGAGAUGGAUUUGACGUUAGCUAAGAGUCAAGGAUACCUGAAGCACCAGUUGCGACAAAGUGGUUCUUCAGAUCAGAAGCUUCUUGCAGUUAUUGGAGUCUAUACUGGAUUUGGUAGUCACUUGAAACGAAUUACAUUUAGAGGAUCUUGGAUGCCUAGAGGUGAUGCAUUAAAAAAGCUGGAGGAAAGAGGGGUUGUGAUACGAUUGGUGAUUGGUCGGAGUGCUAAUCGAGGUGAUAGCUUGGAUCGCAAUAUUGAUGAGGAAAACCGUAAGACAAAGGAUUUCUUUAUUCUUGAUGGUCAUGAGGAGGCGCAAGAGGAGCUUCCUAAGAAAGCAAAAUUUUUCUUCACUGCUGCAGUUCAAAAUUGGGAUGCAGAAUUUUACGUCAAAGUUGAUGAUAAUAUUGACAUUGGCCUUGAGGGAUUGAUUGGACUUCUUGAACAACGGCGUGGCCAAGAUAGUGCUUAUAUUGGAUGCAUGAAGUCAGGAGAAGUGGUUGCUGAAGAGGGAAGGCCUUGGUUUGAACCAGAAUGGUGGAAGUUUGGGGAUGAGAAAUCGUAUUUUCGCCAUGCCUCUGGUUCACUUCUUAUACUCUCCAAAAAUCUUGCUCAGUACAUCAACGUAAACAGUGCAUCUUUGAAGACUUAUGCGCAUGAUGAUAUAUCGGUGGGGUCCUGGAUGAUGGGUGUCCAGGCAACUUACAUAGAUGACAAUCGUCUUUGCUGCAGUAGCAUUAGACAAGAUAAGGUGUGUUCCGUGGCUUGAGAAGAGAACAUGUCUUAACAUUUCCAUCAGUUUAAAGGCCACUAAUUUGUGGGUUGGCAGUAUUGCACUCAGAUAGAGGCCUGAGUGUCGAUAUUGCGAAAUUGCUUUUGCAACAUCAUGUGGACAUCUUUUUAUCAGAUACAGCCGCAGUGAGGGAUUUUCUAUAUAUCGCCGGAUGGAUCAUUCUUUUAGAUGUAGAUAUAAACCAGGAUUUUCUUUAGACGAUGAAAACAGGUUAAUCUGCAAAUUGGUGCUAAGUGCUAACUACUGGUUGGAAGGGAGGAGGAUUUUGUUUAAUAAGUUUGAUCAAAGUUCAAUAGUUUUUCGUUUCUUCUAUGUAAUGGCUUCAAUAUUUUUUCACCAAGUGACAUGAAAAUGUGUGCCAGUGACUCCUUUCUCGAGUAAAUUCUGAAUGCAGGUUGCAGAUUUAGCUGUGUUUCUUA